AUGGAGUCGGCCCUGUUCCAAAUCCAAUCGCUCUUCUACCAAGGCGCCUACCAGGGCUGCAUCGACCUUGCGCUCUCAUCCACCUCGAAUGCACGCUCUUCGGAUCCAGCUUCAGUCUCAUCAUUGCUGUACGCUGCACGAUCGCAUCUCGCGCGCUCCCCCUCUGACCCUGCCUCUGCCCUCUCGCUGCUCUCUUCGCUGACCUCGGAGCCACAAGUACAAGCCAUCCAGGCACUGGCGCGCUUUGUGCAGGCACAGGCCCAGGAUGACACGGAUGCCAUGUCGCGCGAGAUUGUCAACCUCACCGAACUGCUCGACCACGCCGUCGUUGGCGAAGACCAGGGGCAGACUAUCCGAUGUGCUGCUGCCACCGCGCUGUUCCUCGAUGGCGAUGCAGAGGAGGCGCUUAACACGCUCGGUGUCGGAUCCGGUAGCAGCAGCAGCCAAGAGAUCGAAUGCGUCGCGCUGGGCGUACAUAUCCUGCUCUCCAUCCACCGACUCGAUCUGGCCGAGAAGGAGUACCUCGCCGCACGCGCGUGGGCAGACGACUCGCUGCUCAUCCAGCUCAUUGAGGCGUGGAUCGGUCUCGCCAAGGGAGGACGUUCGACCCAGCAAGCUUUCUACGUCUACGACGAGCUGGCGCAAAACCCCUCCGCUGCAGGCACGGUCAACGCGGUGCCCUCGCUCAUCGGCAAAGCCACCGCCCUGGCUGCCAACGCCGACUGGCAGGGCGCAAAGAAGCAGCUCGAUGACGCCGCUGCCCUGGACCCAAACAAUGCCCAGAUCCUAGCCAACAGGGCCGUCGUCGAGACACAUACCUCGCCCGCAUCACCGGCAGUGCAGGAGUAUCUGCAGCAGCUCAAGAAGGUCAAUGCCGCGCAUCCACUGUUGCGCGAAUACUCGGCGCUCGAGCGCGCGUUCGACGAACACGCAGCAAACUUCAGCUUGGGCGCCACAGCCGAGGCUUGA